UCACCCCAUUUACACCCGCUUGAAAAUCAAAAUGAUCUUAUAACACCCACCAAAAUGACAGUGCCAUAGAAAUAGAGCCCAAGGCCCUCCCUGGAACCCAGCCUAAAUGUCUUCUGAACCGCGCGAUUUCAUAGCGCCACACGUGCAUGUCCACCGUCCCCUACCAUAUUUCUGACAGAAAUUUCUUCAACUUCAGGCCAUUCUCACGAUAGUUAAUUCUAUAGAGAUUCAGAACAACACAAAAACAAGCUUUAUAAAGCAUGGAAGGAUCUUGGGAUAUUGUUAGUGGCCUUGCAUUUGCUCUCCUUGGUUUCGUUUUGGCUUUCACUUUAUACAUUCUAGUGUCUGCAAGGAGUAAUGGAAAGGUUACUACAGUGCCCUCGUACCCAAUAGUUGGCUCAUUUUUUGCCUUCUGGAAGAACAGAAGACGGCUGCCGGAUUGGACUACGGAGCUUCUGAGCAAGGCUCCCUCCCACACAAUCACGAUUGAGCGUCCGGGAACGAGAAAGUAUGUUGUCACGGCCAAUCCGACCAACAUAGAGCAUUUGCUCAAAACCCGAUUUGAAAAUUAUCCCAAAGGCGACUUCUUCUCAAGCAUCUUGCACGAUUUACUCGGCACAGGGAUCUUUAACGUGGAUGGCGAGCACUGGAAAUUGCAGAGAAAGGUAGCCUCUUUCGAGUUCAACACGAGGUCGUUGCGAGAUUUCAUAACAGAGGUCGUGCAGGGGGAAAUCAUCCAUCGCCUUCUGCCGCUGCUCAGAAAAGCCGCUGGAGAAGAGGGAACUCGGCUGGAUAUUCAGGAUGUGUUAAAGAGAUUUGCCUUUGAUAAUAUCUGUAAAGUGGCCUUCGGCACGGACGCCGCUUGCCUAGAUAUUUCGCUUCCUGUUUCCCCCUUUGCAGACGCCUUUGAUCUCGCCACGCAUUUGAGUUGCGGGCGCUUCGCGGCUCCCCUGCAACUCCUGUGGAAGGUAAAGCGUGUUUUAAAUGUGGGUACCGAGAAGCGCUUAAGCCAAGCAAUCGCGACCAUACGUGAGUUUGCACAGGAGGUUAUCCAGACAAGGAAGGCAGAAAUUUCCCUCUCCCGCGGGCCAACACAUCAGGAUCUCUUGUCCAGAUUUCUGUCACUUGACCGGAGCGCCGCCGGUGUCGGAGACCAGGAUUCAUAUGAUGAUUUUUUGAGAGAUAUUGUGAUAAGCUUUAUCUUGGCGGGCAGAGACACGUCCUCUGCUGCGCUCACAUGGUUUUUCUGGCUUUUGUCUUCUCAUCCUGAGGUCGACAAGCGUAUAAAUCUGGAGAUAGCGAGUGUUGUAGAUGCAAGAGGAACAGGGAAACCGGAGGCGGAAACGGUUUUCUCUUUUGAGGAAUUGAAAAAUAUGAAGUAUCUGCACGCCUCUAUCUGUGAAACCAUGCGAUUGUAUCCGCCUGUUCCGUCUGACGCAAAAGAGGCCUUGGAAGAUGAUGUUCUGCCUGACGGGACAGCGGUGGGCAAGGGGGUGCGAGUGGCUUACCACCCUUACGCUAUGGGAAGGAUGGAGAGCAUUUGGGGCACCGACUGUUUGGAAUUCAAGCCGGAGAGAUGGCUGAAGCAGGAUGAAAAUGGAUCACUUUUAGUUGUGAUGGAGAAUGUUUUCAAAUACCCAGUGUUCCAGGCCGGGCCGCGAAUAUGCUUGGGGAAGGAAAUGGCGUUUAUUCAGAUGAAAUCCAUCGCUGCAAGUGUGCUGAGAGAGUUUGAAUUCAAGGUUGAUCCUGAUUUCAAACCCAAGUUCGUUGCCACACUCACUGCAAAAAUGGAGAUAGGCCUUCCUGUACGUGUUGAGAAACGGGAACAUCUGAAAGGGGUUUGAAAUCCUAGCUCUGGCUUUCAUUUGCCAAGUGUUUUUGGCAAGAUCAUUGUAUUGUAUAUACGCAGUAUUCUGAUAGGAUUUGUUAAAGUCUAUGAAUUAGUACGGUUGAUAUUCCCUUCAACGUUAGUUCAUUGUUGUUUGAACAUCAGUCAGUGGCUGCAUAGCACUCAAAUUAGUCUAUGAAUCGGUAAAGUUGAUAUUCACAUUAACAUUAGUUCAUGGUUGCUUAAUCAUCAGUUAAUGGCCGUAUAGCGGUCAAUUUAAGACUACCGCAAUGAACGAAAGCAUAAAUACUUGAACAAGAAGAAGAGCAAGCAUCCAAGUCAGUAUAGAGAGUCCAUUCGACUACAAAAUACUUACGCAGAAAAAUGUCAUAGAAUUAUAAGAAAACUAAGGCACUACAGGAAUGCAACACUCAUAACACUAGCAAUGGAAAGCAUCAGUGCUCCACGGGGACAUGUCCCCUGCCUUGGUACCCUCGUCCCCAGCACCGAAAUGUUUCGGGGCCUCGGGCACUUGGGGUUCUGUUGCCUAAGAUGGCCCCUUAUACUAUCAAUGACUCAAAUUUGAGCUCCUAUUUUGAUUCUGCUGAUAACCAUAUAUUUUC